AUGGGUAGAACAGGAAUUAACAAAAAUAAAAUUCAACCAACGAAUUCAAUCAAUAAUGUAUCAGCAUAUCCAAUAUCCUCACGCUUUAGAACAAAUCUAACAGGAAAAUAUCAUCAUAUCUUUAAACCUGAGAGACACUUUCUUAAAAAGGAUAAUAUGAAUUUUAAUAAAGAUCAAGAAUCUAACGAUGAUCAAGCUCGAAUUCAUAACAAAAACAACGAUAUUAUGGUUUCUCUUGCAGCAAUUCUAAAAAAACGCGAAAAUCAAACUUCCAAAUCAGUUGACAGGGAAUUCGAAAUAAGCAGUAGUACGAUAAUUAGUACCCUUUCAUCUUACAUCGGUAAAGAUGAUGAUAUUUCAAAUAAAAUUGGUUCAGAGUAUAAACACAAAAUGGAUGAACAUGCUGAAGAUAGACUUAAUAAUUUAAGAAAACUUCAAUUGGGAUUUGAAAAAUAUCAAUUAGUAAAGACCAAUUUACUUGAAGAACUUGAUAAAAAUUAUUCAUACAUUUUACGAGUACAAAGGGAUUUUGAGAAAGACUUAAAGCAUAUGCGUGAACAUCAAACUGAAAUAACAAAUUUAUACGAGGAAAUUGAAAAAAAUUCGCAACAUCUCUGCAAAUGUAUGGAGAAUGCCGCAAAGGUAUUUAUAAUUUAA